CCGUCUUCAAAAGUUUUUACAAUGUUUCCGAGUCUUAGAGUCAGGGGCUUCAACUAUCUUCAAGCUGUUGCAGAUGCUAAUAAUUUAUCCAUGGACCGGAUUAAAGUGAUUGGUAGAAAAUCAUCAUCCCUUACUAUGAAUGACUUGAAUCAUGAAAAGGUUAAUCUGAUAGUGGGGGAGCCUUUUUAUCUUGGAAGUGAAGGGAUGUUACCAUGGCAAAAUCUGCGUUUCUGGAAUGAAAGGACUCUGCUUGAUCCAUUGCUAUCUGAGGGUGCAUUCAUCAUGCCUUGCAAGGGAAUAUUAAGAUUCUGUGCCAUGUCACUUCCGGACUUGUGGAAAAGCCGUUGUGGCCUUAAAGAUGUUGAGGGUUUUGACCACUCAGUUGUUAAUGAUACUUUAGGAGCCUGUGGUGACCUGCCUGGAGAGCAGCAAGGCCCCUGCCUACCUUAUUAUGUGUGGCAGUGCGGUUAUACCAAGAAAUUAAGUGAAGUUUACUCUCUCAUAGACUUCAACUUUUCUGAGCCUAUUCACUCUUGUUUUGGUGAAACAAAGAUUGAGUUUGCCCACGAUGGAACAUGCCAUGGUUUCGCUAUUUGGAUCGACUGGGUACUUGACAAGGAAAAUUCCAUUGUGAUAAGCACCGGACCAGAGAGUAGAUACUGGAAGCAAGGAGUGCAGCUGCUUAGCAGGCCUGUACAAGUGAAUCGAGGGAAUUCGGUGAUGCAUGUGGACCAUGUUUUCUGAUCGUCCGAUUAAUCACGAUUAAUCGUCCUGAUCGGUACUGGGCACUCGAUCAGGCCCUCCGAUCAGAUCAGAGCGAUCAGAAACCUGAUCAUCCGAUUAAUCGUCCUGAUCGUCCGAUUAGCUAUCUGGUCGAUCAGAACUAUAUAGACAUUAUGCUGCUUCAGUUACUGGGCUUCAAUUUGGAUGAUCAUUUGCUUAUUUGGAUUUAGAUGGCUGCUGAAUGCUGAUUGAUA